AUCAAGUCAUGUCAUGUACCGAGCAUCAAAAACAAAAGCAAUCUGGUCAUCAUCAUCAUCAUCAUCAUCAUUCUAAUUCAAAGAUAACCAUACAAAGUGCUACGUUGAAUAAAUCAUCUAAACGCCGAUCUUCAUCAUCUUCUUCCUCCUCCUCCUCCUCAUCAUCAUCUGAAUCAUCUGAAUCAUCAUGGUCAUCUGAAUCAUAUGUUCCAUCAUUAGAUAACAAUAAAUCAAAUAAAAAUAGUAGUAAUAAUAAGAACAUAAAACGACAAUUGCCUAUUGGUUGUGAUUCACAGUCUUCAUCAUCAUCAAAUAUAAAUCGAUCAAAAGAGACAAAAGGCGAAAAUAAUAAAAAAUCAGCAUCAUUGCUCAACAUGCCUAGUGCAUCGACACCUACUUCGUCGACAACAUCUGCUAUUAGCGCUACAGCUCCAUUAUCAGCUUCAUCAUCAUCAAUGGUUCAAAGUCAACAAUGUACUAGUUCACCAAAUCAACCGGAUUUGGUUGUUAGUGCGACAACGACAACAUCGAUAAAUACAUUGACAACACAAUCACAACCACCAUCAUCAUCCACAUCAUCUUCAUCUAUAAUGCCACCACAUACAUCCGUUUCAACACCAGUUCCAUCAUCAACAACGACAACGGCGACCGCUUGCUGUGAAACUGGUCGCCCAAUACUCACUGAUCCAAUUACAGGCCAAUCCAUUUGUUCAUGUCAAUAUGAUGCACAUCUUUUAAAUUAUCAACGUUUAGCAGCAUCGGCUGGUUUAAUGUAUAAUCCAGCAGCGGCUGCAGCUGCAGCUGCUGCAGCAGCAGCCUAUAGUUCAUCCUCAUCGUCAUCCUCUUCAUCAUCAUCAUCAUCGUCAUCAACGCCAGGUAGUGGCGGUAUUAAUCUAGGAUCUGAUAUAGCACCAAAUGGUACAAUAACAACGACAAAUACCACCAAUAGUACUACAUCGACAACAACGACACCAUCAUUAACAGCAACAGGACCACCUAGUUCAGUCGUACCACCACCACCUGGUUCAGCCGGUAAUGAUCCAUUUUUACCGCUUUCACCUGAACAAUUACAAUCAGCGGCAUCGUUUUUUCCACCACCGACGGCAACCGGAUUCGAUCUGAAAGAAAAUCUAGACAUGUGGCGUAAUCUACCAUAUUCAAUGUAUUAUCCAUAUGAUAAUUCCGGUUUGACCGGAUAUCCAUUCGCUAACGGAUAUGGUAUGGAUCUCAAUGGAGCAAGACGAAAAAAUGCAACCAGAGAGACGACAAGUACAUUGAAAGCAUGGCUUAAUGAACAUCGAAAAAAUCCUUAUCCAACUAAAGGCGAAAAAAUUAUGUUGGCUAUUAUAACAAAAAUGACAUUAACACAGGUAUCAACAUGGUUUGCAAAUGCAAGACGACGGCUAAAAAAAGAAAAUAAAAUGACAUGGUCACCAAGAAACCGUUGUGAUGAUGAUGAUGAUGAUCCGGAUGAUGUUAAAGAUGAUGAUAGUGAUAUUGUUGACAUUGAAGAUGAUUCGGAAUCAAAACCGCACAAUAAUAUCCACCAUCAUAAUCAUCAUCAAACAAAUCAUAAUAACCAUCAUAAUAAUAAACGAGAAUGUUCACCAUUAUCCGAUGUUGGUUCAUUAUCCGAUUCAGAUGUUUUACUCAGCCAGCAUAAAGGAAUACCGUCUCAUCUUCAUCAUCAUUCUCAUCCACAUUUAGGAGCAAAUAGUCGAUUACAAGCCUUACAUCAUCAGUUAGCUGCUGCUGCUGCAGCAGCAGCCGCUGCUAGUGAUAGUGGAAACGGUGGUGGUGAUAUUAAACCUCGAAUCUGGUCAAUUGUAGAUACGGCAACUACCAAUAAUCCUAAUAGUCUUCAUCAUUCAUCAUCAAAUCAUACAAAUAACAAUAAUAAUCAUCAUCAUAAUUCAUCAUCAUCAUCAUCACUAUCACCAGGAGCCAAAUCUUCUGCUUCGGGUGGCAGUAUUGGCCCGAUCUCACCAAUCGCUGCCAAUCGUGCAGCUCGUCUUGAUUAUUUGACUGCUCCAUAUCUGAAACCAGGUUCAAAUACAGCCACAGGUAAUGGUGCUAAUGCAGCAGCAGCAGUUGCCGCUGCUGCUGCCGCAGCAGCAUUACCACCAAGUUGGUAUCCACCAGCAGCAGCUUUUGGCCAUUCUGGUUCUGGGACUCCAUCACCAUUUCCAGCAUCAUUAUAUUCUUGUCCACCGGCUUUAAUGAGUCAAUUGAUGGCAGCAAAUGCUGCAGCAGCAGCCGCAGCAGCAGCAGCCGCUUCCGGUCAAACUGGUCCGAAUUCUUCACAAUCAAAUGCUGCCGGACAACUUAAUCUUCAUAAUUUGCCAUCACAUUUAGUAGCAUUACGAAGUGCAGCAGCAGUUGCAGCCGCUGCUGCUGCAUCCUCUAAUCCAGGAGCAAAAUAAACAUUUACGUUAAAGCUAUAAUACGACUAAAUUAUACUAGAAAUUCAUCAAAACCAUCUUUCAAUCAGAAAAAAAUGAGAAUUGUUUAAAAAAAUGCAUGAUCAAACAAAAUGACUGGAAUUUUGAUUUUACUUUUCUUUAUUGACGUCUUUUCCAUCUUUAUAUUUUCUUAAUGUACAUUUGAAAUAAAAAUAAAUGAUUUUAUCAUCGUAUAUAACAACAACAACAUCAUACAACAUGAAAAAACAUAUUUACAGAUGAUUAAUUGCUUCAGUGAUAGCUUACUGAAAUUUUUUUUCUUAUUUACUCCAUUCAUUUGCAUCAAUUCAAUCUAAUUCAUCUCAACUGUCACUAUACAAAUCUUCAGUCGCAUUAACCUUCGAAGUAUGUAUAAUAAAGGCAAGAAAGCAAAAAAUGUUAUUUGUAUUUGAAAAAAAAUCGAAAUUUCUAAUGAAUCAUUUCGAUGAUCCAUGGCAUACACACACACACACACA